AUGUUAUUAAAGAGUAAAUAUACAUUUUGGGUAUCAACUUAAAGAACACAAACUAAGAUUGAUAAAGAUAAUUACAAUGAUAAUCUGUAUAAAGUGUGUAUGAUAUUUGAAUUGAUUUAAAUUUAGGCAACUUUGAAACAGCAGAAUAGUUCUGGAUGUAUUAUUAAUGGAUAGCCAAACCUUCUACAAUACCAGAAGGAUGCCAAAUAUUAUUAUUUUAGGAAGAAAUCUAACCAAUGUGGGAAGACAAGGCUAAUCAAAAUGGAGGAAGAUUUGUUUUUAGAUGCAAAAAUAAUGUUGAUCGAGUUUGGGAAAACAUUUUAUUGAGUUAUAUAGGUAAUCAAUGUACAUACAAUGAAUUUAUUUGUGGAGUUGUCGUAAAUUAAAAAAGAUCAUUUACACAGGUUUCAAUAUGGGUUAAGGAUAUGUCCUCAUAUUAGAAUUAAGAAGAUAAAAUAACAUAAUGGGUUAAAGAAAUGUUCGGAAUCAAUGAAUUAGAAUUUGUAUAGCAUCCAAAGAGUUGA